CUUCGCAAAGCCAGGGGCGGUGUUUGAGGGUGCGCAUAUACACUCAGAUCUGAUUUCUCAUAUCGACCAUCGCGUAGCAACAGCGUCCUGCCUCCUCUCAGCCGAGACAACCUGCUCCACCUGAGCAAAGGCAGCAAAAGCCUGCUGACUACAAUAAAACAAAUGCCGCGACGACGCAAGCGCAGCAGGCUCCCGCUGAUAUGCGGCUGCACCAUCGCGCUGCUCGUGGGCCUCCAGGUCGGGUUCCACGGCGACGCGGCGCCGCCCGCCGCGGCGCCGCCGCCCGCGGCGCCGCUCCCGCGCCCGCGGAGCCUCGCGGAGCUGCGGGAAGCGGCGACGUCGCUCGAGCGCAAGCUCGAGGGCCUCGCCGCGCGCGAGGCCGGCGUCGCGCGGCAGGAGGCGGACGCGGCCUGGCGCGAGCUGCGGCACCUCGGGGACGCGCUCCGCGCGGCGGCGACGCGCGAGGCCGCGGCGGCCGCCGCCGCGCCGCCGGCGCCGCCGGCGCCGCCAAUGCCACCCGUAAAAAAAAGCGCGCCGGCCGCGCCGGCCCCGGGGCUGGGCGCCGAGACGGCGCUGCUCGUCGUCGCGUUCGACCGCGCCGCGGCGCUGCGGACGUCGCUCGGCGCCGUCGUGCGGCACCACCCCUGCGGCCGCGGCCCGCGUCUCGUAAUAUCGCAGGACGCGGGCGGCGGGCCGCGCUGGCGCGAGGCGCGCGCCGAGAUCGACGCCGCGGCCGCGGCGCUCGGGCGCAGGUGCCCCUCGUUGGAACGAACGCGGGUCGUGACGCAGCCUGACGACGGCAAGGGCGGCGACGGCUACCACCGCCUCGCGCGCCACUUCCGGAAGGCGCUGACCGAGGCCUUCGCCGACGCACGCACGGCCCGAGUCAUCGUCCUCGAGGAGGACCUGGAGAUAGCGCCGGACUUCUUCGGCUUCUUCGCGGCCGUCGCGCCGGUCGUCGACGGCGACGCGAGUAUUUUGGCGGCGUCGGCCUGGAACGACAACGGGCAGCGGCGGCAUGUUGAUGUGACGAAGGAUAUAGCGCGCGUCGAGCGGAGCGACUUUUUCGGGGGGCUCGGCUGGAUGCUCUCGCGACGAAUCUGGGAGGAACUGGGACCGAAGUGGCCCGAAGCCUACUGGGACGACUGGCUGCGCGAGCCCGAGCAGCGGCGGAACCGGCACGUCGUACGGCCCGUCGUCUGCCGCACGUUCCACGUCAAAAGCACCCGGGGCACGUCGGGCGGCCAGUACUCGCACUUCCUGAGCGACAUUGUUCUGUCGCAGUCGGCCGAGACGGUGUUCGACGUUGACGAUGUGCGGUCGUCGGCCGCGGCGGACGCGCGCCUCUUCGCGCAGUUGGAAGCGGCGCCGCGCGUCGACCUCGGGGAGGUGCUCGCCGGGAGCGCGCGGGGCACGGUGCGCGUCGAGUACGACGGCUCCUUCGCGGCCUACGCGGCGCUCGCGCGGCGGCUGGGCGCCAUGGACAACGAGAAGGCCGGCGUCCCCCGCGGCGCGUACCGCGGCGUCGUCGAGCUCCGGCGCGGCCCCGUGAGUGUGCUGCUGAGCCCGCCGCUCGAUCGCGUGCGCGCGCUCGCGGCCGGCGCGGCGUACGCGCGGCCGUGAGGUGUUGUUGUUAACUUGAGUUUUCUUACACAACUACAGCACAAACGUCUCCGGCCGCCACCGCCGGCGGAACUUUCGGUUGCCUAGUGUCUUACGAGACGCUAGCCCACAGCCGCGCGUUUUUUACGCUGUUUUUUGACGCGGUAAACUCUCUGCACACACAUAACCGCGCACGGUACGCUGUCGCAGUGCCCCGCGCUGCGGACUUCGUGACGCCACACGCCGCGCAGGCGCUCACGCCGUACAGCGAGCCUGCAGCUCCUUGAUCUGGGCCAAGUUGACAGAGAGAGCUCGAGGAUAAUAGGCGAUUUUGCUUUUGCCGGCCAGCUCGCCGAGCAACCGACCAAGCGCGAGGCCAGCGUCGAACACAUUCGCACAUGCCGUCGCGACGCGCUCACCGUCGCCCCACGUAGGUACUGGGUCGAUGGCUCAGCUCUAUGCCGACGCGAAAGCGUUGGAAAAUGCACGACUGCCGGGGCGACCGGCACCAGGGCACGGCGGAGACGCAAGAGAAAGGCUACUACGCGUUUUUGGUAUAGCGCGCUUUGGAGCACCGAGACAAAUUUUCAGCCAGACUGUUAAACGAAGUUUACGAAGGCAGUACACUCUGUCACUCUCUCCCACUGCUUCAAGGGAACAUGACGGCGGCCAGACACGUUUAUUGCGUUCGAUGGUACCUGGUGCUCUAAAUCACGAUGAUACCUUGGUACUCGCAUCGUCGUCAGAGCGACGAGGAGUAGCUAUCCUUCGUGAUCGAAGCGUCCUGGCGUGGGUGGUACAACCGGACCACGGGCUUCACUUUACCUUCGGUCCUACUAUAUUUGUGCUCCGCGGGGGAAGUAACGGCCUGCGCAUGGCCAAGACUGGUUGCUAUGUUACCGCUAAAGCUGGAGAUUCGUCAGAUGUCCAAGUUCACCAUGUGUUCGACUUGGGUUACGGUCGACCAAAUACGGACACCCUCGUCGCACCAGUAGUUAGAGAUGCAAACGCUUUAGUAUCUGGCAUGGUCUAUGUGGAUGAAGAUGACCCAGGAUUACCUCUUUAUGAGAGAGGCAACCGAGCGCUCAGAUUGUGUACUUGGAUGGAUGAUGUUCAAGGUCGUCGCAUCAAUCCUUCUGUUUCGGUCGAGAAAAAAGGGCAGAAAGGGAGUGAUGCUAUUUUUGAUGCAUUCCUGCCUCGUGGAACAUUGCGUAGAUUACUGAAGCCCGCGACCGAUGAGCUGCUCGAGGCUGCGGGCCUCCCUGCUGGCGCUGAUGCUUGGAUGUUCAAGGACGAGGCCUUGCAGGAGCUGCCGUUUGUUCACCCAAGCACGGUGCUUCUGCACAAGGUCACCCAGCCGAGUGACUCCACCCAGGGCGAGAAGCACCACAUGCAGCUCGUCUACGGUGUUUGUGCGAUCACUGGCGUGACCUUCAGGAAAACCGAAGGUGAAAGAAUGAAACUAGUCUUACAUCACAUUGCUUUUCGCACGCAGCAUAUUUUGGUCGGCUUCAUCUACAAUCAGAUCAAUACAGGGCUGGGGGCGCUAGGGGAUUAUAAGUCCAAGUAGAAGGGUCCCAUUUGAUGCGCG